UUACGAUUAUGAAUCAAGCUACUAACGUUCAGCCACAAAAUAAUCAAAGUCAAAGGCUCCCAAAUAUUGGUGGAUCUCAAAGAGUUCAAAGAGCUCAACAUAAUGUAAAUUUAUCCAUCAAUGCUACUGCCGUUCAACGAUAUAAUGAAUUAGUUGAAGGCGGGAAUCCAUUUAGUGGAUUACAAAGUUCAGAAAUCUCAGUACAAACCACUGAAUUUCAAACUGAGUUGUUUUUAGGACUUUCUUUCGCAUAA